AUGUCGUCAUAUCUUUGCUUCAUAUGUCACAGUACGGUAAAUUGUGAAACAAAUGAAGAAACAAGAGAGAGAUACAGGGAAGUCGUAGGGAUGAAUUUGUGUCCAGAUUCCCAUCUUUGUUACAUCUGUUGCCAUGUCCUAAACAAACUUACAUUGUUCAGAUCGAUAUGCCUGAAACGAAGUUUGGAAUACCCAGUGCUGUUUAGCGAAAAAGGCGCAUUAUAUUUACAGAGAAGCGAUAUUGAAUUGCACGUACAGUGUCCGGACGAAGCAUGCCAACAAGUUAGAAACAGUAAAUCAUAUGAAAUAAGCUAUGAAUGUGAUCAAAAUAAUGUUAAUGAUAAUUAUUCUGAUAAAACACAUGAAUUUGUAAAAUUUGAAGAAGAUAAUGAUUACAUUCAUCCAAACGAUUUGUCGAUUGCGCCAACAUCAAAUGCAGACAAUUAUAAUGAUUUUAACGAAUUUGAUACUAUAGUAAAUGAAGAUGUAUUAGAAAACGCUAACAACGAGCCUGAUAGACUACAAAAUGACGGUGAUGGUGAAGUCAAUUACGAGAUUAAUGAUUAUAAUGAGGAUAAUGGCUGUGAUGACAAAAUGACUGAUGCAUAUAAUUCUGAUAAUGAUGAAGCAAAUACUGAAACUGCUGAUGCAAUUAACAAUGAUCCCAAUUCGCAAAAGGACUGUAAUAAAAAUGAUGGUAUUAGAAAGCGAAAAUCAAAAAAAUCGAGAAAGAAAAGCUUCGAAAAGAUAAAAUUAACUUUAGAACAGCAGAAGGCAGAGUUAGAAGCAAAUAGAAGGGAUAAGAAAUAUAUAGAAUCUGAAUUCAAAUGCUACAAUUGUGCAUUGGGGUUCUUGUUCAAAGACACCUACCAAGCUCAUAUGAUGAGACACGAAGAGUCAAACGGCGAGUACCGGUGUACGCUAUGUACCCUUCGCUUCGCAAGUCCGUCGGUGCUUCGUUCGCACGUUUCGCUUCACUCGGAGCGCUACCGCUGCGUUGUCUGCGAAGCUUUACUUCGGCCGCGGGCACGAGUGAAGCAUUCCAUGGAAUGUCUACGUGGAGACACCGUUGAUAAUGUCGCUUGUCACUUGUGCGCUAAAUUGUUCAAGGAUACUAGUGGUCUCCAGCAACACUUGAGGCGUGUCCACAGUUCGAAGACUGGCAGGGUGUAUCCUUGCGGCAUCUGUGGGGAGACGUUCCGGAAUCAGCCUGCGGUACGGACCCAUAUGCUAAAACAUUUGAAGAGAAAAUUCUCAUGCGACCGGUGUCCAGCGUUCUACAGCAGCCCGUAUAGUCUGAUGCAGCAUAAGAAGCGUCACGAGAUGGGCGAGGAGAGGCAUUUCUGCACAUCCUGCGGCACCAGCUACAGCAGCCGUAAGGGGCUGCUGGCUCACAGAAGGAACAGCCUCAAUCAUCAGCAGACUGUUUUCGAGUGCAACAAAUGCUCUCGAGUGUUGCCACACCGUCGCGCGUUGGAAGCGCACGAACGUAGAGUGCACGGAGACGGGACCCAGCGGGCCAUGUCUAAACUACAGCGGCCGAAAAUUCACAGGAGACCAACUGAACACGCCAUCUGUCAUUUGUGCGGGAAAAGUUUUAAGGGCAACAGCAAACUCAACAGGCAUCUCAAAGAAGUCUGCGAGAAAGAGAAACUAUCAGAAGAAAUAUCUUCAUUUUAUGAAUAA